AUGUCGAGUCAAGCGGGUUGGAAUUCGGUGACUGGCAUCGCCACGCUGCUUCUCGGGGGUAGUCCGCUUGCCAUCGCCAUCGCCAUCCUCAUCACCUUCGGUAUCCCGGUAGUUCUGCACCUCAUCUUCUUCCGAAGUGUAGCAUCUCCACCUUCGAGCAAUUUCCUGCUUCUGGGUCCCAGUACAGCGGGGAAAACUGCUUUCACGACUUUGCUCGAAGCCAAGUCCUCGUCCGCAUCCAAGAAGUCGCACCUUACCCACACCUCGCAGACCUCGACACUGGCAACCGUCACUCUACCGCCGACCGUCCCCACCGCUUCCAACCGGUUCCGAUCUGCCAAUGACCCGUCCUUGAAAGAGGCCUCGCGGAACCCAAUCAAGUAUCGCUUGUGGGACACUCCCGGCCAUGGCAAGCUCCGCGCCUCCCAGGGCAUCUCCCAGCUUCAAUCCAUGUCCCAUUCGAAGGAUGCGAAAUCGAAGCUGCGGGGAGUGAUGUUCAUGGUCGACACUGCUGCUCUGGUGGAUGAAGCGACACUACGGGACACCGCUACCUAUCUACACGAUGUGCUGUUGAUCCUCCAAAAGCGGGCCCUGAGCAAGGGUAAAUCUUCCGACAUAGCCGCCGCGGAGGUCCCCGUGCUCGUCGCCGCGAACAAACAAGAUUUGUUUACGGCUCUGCCACCCGGUUCGGUGCGAGAGAAGUUGGAGGCCGAGAUUGACCGGAUCCGCAAGUCCAAGACCAAGGGGCUCUUGGACGCCAGUGCGGAUACUGGAGCGGAGGAAGAAGAUGAGGUUCUGGGGAAUGAUGAUGCACAGGGGCAAUUCAGCUUCAAGCUUCUCGAGGAAGAAGUCGGCAUCAAGGUUGACGUCGCUGGCGGUGCCGUCAAAGGGGAUCAACAAGAGGAAUUCGGAUCGGGGGUGCGCCGGUGGGAAGAGUGGGUGGGCAUGUGUCUAUGA